AUGAACAGUCUCGUUGAUUGGCCAGGCGAACCAACCAGCCAAUCAGCGGCGGUUUUGUUCAAUUUUGCAAAGCUGUGAAUUUUGAUUUCGAGGGCUGCAACGUUAGCCGUGCUCGGCCGCGCGUCUGUGAGAUGUCUUCGAAACGGAGUAUUGGCGACGCAGAGUACCUGAAAAAGAGAAUCCCACAGAAUCCAAAAUAUCAACAUGUAAAAUCGAGGCUUGACACAGGAUCCAGCAUGACAAAAUACAUGGAGAGGUUGGAGGAGAUGAAGAAAAAUUACAGAUAUAGAAAAGAUGAACUUUUUAAGAGGCUCAAAGUGACGACAUUUGCUCAGCUGAUAAUACAAGUUGCUUCAGUGUCUGAUCUGAAUGAGAGCAUAAUGGAUGAAAUCCCUAGACUCGAAGAUGAGGUUUUGGAGUCGGCAGAAACAGAUCGUCUCUCAGAUCAGACCAAUGGCUCACCCCAGCUUACACCUCAACCUGUUCAGUUCAUCGAUGGCAGUGAAUCAGGAGACACUGGCUUUUCUCCUAGAUCCACACUUCAAAGUGUGAUCAGCGGCGUUGGAGAAAUGGAUUUGGAUAAGAAUGGACAGAAAGCAGUCAGCCUGACUCCAGUGCCCACUCACAGCUCUGCAGAGCACCCCUACCCAGACUGCCCUUACCUGCUGCUAGACGUCCGGGACAGAGACCAAUAUGAUCAGUGUCAUAUUAUCAGUGCACACAGUUACCCUAUUGCAACCCUGUCAAGAACAAUGAAUCCUUACACCAAGGAAGUGCUGGACUACAAAAACGUGUCAGGAAAGAUCAUCAUUCUCUAUGAUGAGGAUGAAAGGGUAGCAAGCCAGGCGGCCACCACCAUGUGUGAGAGGGGCUUUGAAAAUCUCUUCAUGCUCUCUGGAGGUUUGAAGGUAAUAGCGCAGAAGUUUCCAGAAGGAAUGACGACAGGCUCUUUUCCCAUCUCCUGUCUUCAAUCUCCAGUGGGGUGUUCAGCGCGGAAGUAUUCCACACCACGUCAGACACAGCGACCUGCUGAAAAGAAAUGGCGUUUCUCUUCAGAAGACCUUGGCAAAAUCCAGCAUUAUCUGGAUGAAGUGCUCAUACCUAGUGAGACUAGCAGUCGUUUAAGCAGUAGAAUGUCCUCCAGCAGUGCCCACUCUAAAGUGUCCAGCGCUCGGAGUAGUCGCCAGGGCUCGGCAAGUGCCAGGUCACAGAGCAGCCGGCCCUGGAAAUAGCCGCUGCCUUCGUCAUCUUCAUCGUCAUCACUGCAGCCCAAAUAAAGCCUGUAUAUUCUGGUA